AGAGCGAGCCGCAGGCAGCGCCCGAACCGCCGCCGCUCCGCUCCGCACCCGGCCGCCCGCAGCUGCAGACCCGAUGGCGGCCCGCCUGGCCUGCUGCCUCCUGCUCUGGGCCCUGCGGCCCGCGGGCUGCCGCUGUUCUGCGGGACAGGGCGCCGGCACCCAGCCCGGCUGCACCGCCGAGCCGCCGCCCGCCCGGGACUCGCCCGGCCCGGAGCCCCGCGGGGGCGCCCCGCAAUCCCUGGCGCUGAGUAGCAUCGCUCAGGACAUGGUAGCUGUCCACAUGCUUAAGCUCUACGAGAAGUACAACCGGGAGGGGAGCCGCCCCGGUCACGGCAACACGGUCCGAAGCUUCAAAGGCAGGCCAGAAUUCUUGUCGCAGAAGCCCGUGUACUGCUUCAAUCUGACAUCUAUGCAGGAUUCAGAGAUGGUUCUUGCUGCCACUUUUCACUUCUAUGCUGACAAACAUCCUCGGCACCGGGAAGUGUUUUGUAAGCGAUCCAAGAACUCAUCGUGCCGCCUCCUACACCUGCCUCCCAUACUGAGGCUCAACCUCAUCUUCCGAAGCAUCCCCCAGAAUUCUGCCUAUGGACAACUGAAAGGGAACAUCACUGUAUUUCUUCAAAGGCGAGGGGCUUGGCACGCCAAGGACAUUUCACAUAUCAUAAAAGAAUCAAAACGAUCUGCAGAGCUCAUCCUCUGUGCUGAGCUUGAUUCUGGGGAGAAACACCAAGGCUUCCCUGAGCAGGUCACCAGUCAUUUGCCUUACAUACUGGUUUAUGCCAAUGACCUUGCAAUCUCCGAACCUAACAGUGUGGCUGUCACCCUACAGCGUUAUGACCCAUUCCCUUCCAGUGAUGGGGAUCGAAGUCUGUCACCUAAUUCCUCUGCUGAUACUCGAGUGAGAAGGGAUACUUACCUCUCUAGUUCUAUUCAGAACAAUGAGUUGCCAGAGGUAGAGUAUAACAACCAAUACAAUAAACAUGACAUAUGGGAGAAUGCCUACAAGUCCUUGAAGCCAAAAGCCUCCCGUAAAGAUAGAAGGAGAAAAGGGCAAGAAAAUACAGAAAUGCUUGCAAAGUCUCAGGUGCUAAACUUUGAUGAAAAAACAAUGAAGAAAGCAAGGCGAAAACAAUGGAAUGAGCCUAGGAUUUGCUCAAGAAGAUACAUGAAAGUUGACUUUGCUGAUAUUGGCUGGAAUGAAUGGAUCAUAUCUCCCAAAUCAUUUGAUGCCUACUACUGUGCAGGGACAUGUGAAUUUCCAAUACCCAAGGUUGUCAGACCGUCAAAUCACGCUACAAUCCAGAGCAUCGUGAAAGCAGUGGGAAUCAUUCCCGGCAUCCCAGAGCCCUGCUGUGUUCCUGACAAAAUGAGCUCACUCAGUGUCCUGUUCUUAGAUGAGAACAAAAACGUUGUUUUGAAGGUAUACCCCAAUAUGUCAGUUGAAACUUGUGCCUGCCGAUAAGGUCAUACAAAUACAUCUUCAACAACACCUACAGAUACUGCCUGACUGCACUGGGAAGUUGUGAAUGGGAAAUGAAUCCUCUUGACUUGACAAAUGAAUGCAAGUCUACAAUUCUUCUGCAGAAGGCAUGUGGAGAGAUGAGAAUGGUACACGUGCCCAUCUGAAAGAAUAUGCCUUAGUACCGUCUUCUGACUCGUACAUUCACCUUCCAGGCAUUCAAUACUUUAACAAAUAUCUUCCUAACCCACCUAUCCAAGACACAUUGGUAUUUAGUGAGAAAAUUAAAUGUAAAGUUUUUCAUAAUCAAAAGACUAAAACAUGUUUUUAUAUGCUAUUUUUACUAUUUUUAUCUCUUCAAUUAAUUAAGAAGAUGGGAAGUGAAUUUGCAAAGGCAGGCUUAUAUUAGAAUAUCACUUUUGUACACAAAAUGUUUUGCCUAAAACACUCAUAAUCUGCAUAUUUAUACUGAAAAACAUGCUGUAAUAAAGGGCUUAAUAUGUAUGUUUUCUUCAGGAAGCAAGUAUAUUUCACGGUCAUAUCAUACAAUCAUGGAAUUGUUCGAGUUGGAAGGGACCCUUAAAAGUCAUCUGGACCUUUAUAAUGGUAUGCAUAUAUGCAAUGAACAGGGACACCUACAGCUCGAUCAUGUUGCUCAGAGUCCCACCCUUGAAUGUCUCCAGGAACAGAGUACCUACCAAUUCCCAGGGCAACCCAUUCCAGUGCCUCGCCAACCCAGUUGUAAAAAACUUCUUCCUUCUAUCCAGUCUACAUCCCCCCUUCUUAGUUUGAAUUCAUUUCCUUUUGUCCUAUUACAACAGACCCUGCUGAAGUUGCUGUCCCCUUCUUUUCUUCUAGCCCUCUUUGAGAUACUGAAAGGCCUCUAUCAGGUAUCCCUGGAGCCUUCUUUUCUCUGGGCAGAACACGCAGCUACCGCUGGCUUUCUGGGCUGCAAGGGUACUUGUGGGCUUGCUACCCACUAGUAUAUAUCCAGAUCCUUUUCGGCAGGGCUGUGCUCCAUCCUUACAUCUCCUAGCUUUUACUGACAGCAGGGGUUGCCACGACCCAGGUGCAAGGCCUUGCACUUGGAAUAAGUGCAAUAAUAAACCUUGCACUGUAUAAGCUUUCAUAUACACCAUAUGUUAAUACUGACAUUUUUGGUUACCCUUCCCUAAUAUAUAAAUUGUUCUACAAAAGACCUAAUGUAACAUCCCACACUUUUUAUUUGCUGGAUGAUUUUGGUUGUUAAACAUGUGCUCUGAGUAACACAUACUAUAUAUUAAUAUGUUGAAAUACUAAAAAAAAAAAAAUAAUAAUAACCAAGAUUUAUAUUUUUGUAAAUUAUAUCCUCUAGAAUGUUACAUGCUUUUAACAAAAGCUAAUAAAUUAAAGGAACAGUAGUAUCUAAAAAUAGUAGAAUUGUCAUUCUAUAAAUCUACUUUGUUACAUUCAGUAGUUUUUGCAUUGUGUAUUGUGAAACUUCUGUUUUUUAAGCUUGGAAAUAUUGGAAAACAUGCAUAAAUUUGGCUUUAAUGACUUCAAGUGAUAAACUCUCUCUACUGGACUAGUAGUUGUUCCAAAAGUUUUGUUCUUUGUGGCUUAAUCAUACCUUGAAUUUAUUGAGCUUUAGCUUCAAUCCAUUGGAUUUUACUGUAACCUAUUUUUAUUAGAUCCUUUUUGUCUAUUAUCCCAAAUAUAUUCACUGUGUAUUUUUAGUACACAGAGCAGGGUCAAAUUACAUUUUGGCUAGGAUUUAAAUAGGUACUUUGAUUUCUUAUUAUUCUAAGCCUCAAAACAAUUUCUCGUGGCUCUUUUCUGAAGUCUUUCCAGAACUUUCAUUAAAUUCUUUUUUCAGCAAUGAACUUCAACAUGGGACAAAGUAUUUGGCAGCUGUUCCAUUAAAAGUCUUAACAGAAAUAACUCCGCUUUCCUCUAAUUCUCUUACAAUCCUCUGUUGAUACAUUCAUGAUAGCCCUCAUAACUGCAACACUCCUCUAACAACUGAUGUUCCAUUACUGACCCUGUCAAUUCCCUUUCUGUCUAUCCCUGCAUGCCAGGACACACUGGUGAUGUGUUCCAUUUUCACCCACUUGGUAUGCAAUAAUCUAGGCAGACCAAGGGCAGAUCAAACUUCUGGAACUUGUAAGGUAGCACAGGGAGCUAGAUGCUGAGCCUUUCCUCCUUGAGGGACAGUCUAUCCUUCUCUAUUAUUGCAUUAGAAGUACAUUGCUUAGGGAAAGGAUACAAAACACACACUACCCUCUGAUGAAUAACUGUAUCUGGAAGGCUUCUAUCCUGCUAAGGCAUGAGGUACUUUCUACCACAAAUAUUCUGUAUUCAUGGGGUGCAGAUUCCCAGACAGUAGAGUUGUAUAAGUGUGUCCCUCCCCACUAACCUACAUAAAAGCAAGAUUUGGUGUGUAGAGGAAUGUCUACAGGGUUAAUCUAUCAACAUUUCUUGCCCGUUCAUUCUAACACUCUUAAGUAGAUAUCUCUAAGACACCUUGUAGUGACUGCUAAUUACAAUUGCCAAAAGAUCAUGAAUCUUGUUAGGCACUUCUUCUCCAAAAGCAUGACAGGGAUUUACACAACAAUUACUAAGACAAACCUUUAUGUACUGUUGCUAUUAAAGAUAUCCCUUAAAAAUGAA